UUGUCAACGCAAUUAAUUGAAGUGUAGCCGGAGAAGCUUGCAAAAUGAAUAUAUUCAAUAUUCGCAACCUGAUCUUGGUGCUCGGAUCAUGCCUACUCCUUGCCAUCACGCCCAGUUGGGCAAUUGUGUGCUAUCAUUGCGAUUCCAUCGCGCUGCCCGAAUGUGCCCAGACCCUGGGUGAGGUGGGUCUGCUGCCGUUUAAGGAAUGCGCCACCGAGCUGACGUGUGUCAUGUCGAUUGUUGACUCAAUCACUUAUCGUGGUUGUGGCGUCGAAACACCCACAAUAGGGGCCACCUAUGCCAAAAGCUGCUCAUCGAAUCUCUGCAAUGCUGGAGUCUAUCCACCCGGCAGACUCAAGUGUCAUCAUUGCGCCGGAGAGAGUUGUGUGGCUGCUCCUGCGGGUAAACCGCGUCCCUGUCGCUUCCAUCACGAGGAGGAUCAAUGCUAUACGGAGGUCAUCAAUGCUGGAUUGGCCUAUAGGGGUUGCAUCUCCGACAGCAAUCACACGGCAUCCAAUGCCGCACAAUUGUGCGAGAUUAACGGCUGUAAUGAGAAGCAGGCCGCCUGGACAUUGACUUGUGUCAGCUGUGAUUCCAAGCUGGGACUUGGCUGUAAAAUGGACCUCUUUCAGCUGGGCAGCAAGUGCAAUAUCAGCCAGUUUGAGCCCUGUCACCAGCAACUGUUGCUGGGCCAGGAGGAGCAGCAAUUCUGCUUUAGCUAUCAUCACCUCAGUCGCGUCGUACGCGGAUGCUCAGCGGAAAUGCCGGAGGAGCUGGAUGGGCAUCGGGAUCAGCUGGUUAAAUGUGCCACGGCGGAUAAUUGCAAUGCCGGUUGCAUACCACAGCAGCAAUGCCUCAGCUGCAAUUCGGCAACGGCAACGGCUAAUCAAGAGAUGUGCCGCAGCAAUGCCACCUCGUUGAGCAGCAGCUACUGCGGUUCGGCAGAAGCAUCCUCGUGCUACGCCUGCGAGUAUGACGAUUGGAACGUGCAACGUGGCUGUGGCGCCCCGCCAACGGAUCCCCAAGUACUCAACUGCUACGAGUGCGAUGGCAACGACAAGGAGGCUUGCAAUGUCCUUGACUUUGCCCGUUGCUAUCGCUGCAGCAGCGAUGGAGAAGCCGGCGCUGCAUGCGCCAAUUGGCAGCGACCUGGUGGCAUUUAUAUUGAGGAAUGCGCUCUGCCGGCUUCACCUUGUCUGGUGGUUAACUAUGUGAAUGGCACCACCGAGCGGGGCUGCCAACGGGAGGAUUUCAACUGCAGCUCUGCGUCCGUGGCCAGCUGUCGCAGCUGUGAGGGCAGCUUCUGCAAUAAGGGCGCAUUUCCAGAGCACCGACUGUGGUGUCAUCAAUGUGACAACUGUGAGCAAGUCUCGCUGGGUCAGAAUGCAUUGCCGUGUGCUCUGUUGGCCAAUGAACCAGAGGAUCAGGUGCCCGCCUGCCUGGAAUACUAUGACAGUCAAAGCAAGCUGGUGGUGCGAGGUUGUCGCUCCAAUUCCCAGCUGUACUACGAGUGCAUGCUGCGCAGUGGCAGUGAUUCAAGCUGUCGUCUUUGCCAUAGUCAUGGAUGCAAUGCCACGCCUGGACAACAGCUGCGUCCCAGUCCCAGCGUACAGCUGGACCAACACGCUCUGACCGUCAAGUCAUCCGCUGCGAUAGCAUAUAUAAACAUUCUGUGUUGGUUUAGCAUAAUUUAUCAAAUAAUUGCAUUAAACUAGAAAUGUAAACCGGAUAUAAAUGAAUAUUGAC